GUUGCUCUUUUUGAUUACUACAGUUCUGUAGACAGUCUCUGUCCAGUUUUCUCAGUUUCGAUCUGUUUUCGUAACCAAAUUGUUUGGGGUUCACGUUUGGUUUUCUUAGCUACUAGUAGGCGCCCAUGCCAUUUUAACUAAGGCAUUCUUGUCUGAAAUAUCGAUUUCCUUGGUAGCAACAGACAAAUCUCCUUACUCCUCCCCAUAUGGUAGCUGUUGUCGUCGUUUUUUCUUCUGAAAUAGUAAACAUUGGGCUUAAUUUCCGUGCACAUCAUUGGGCUAAAAUUUGAGUUUAGAAAUGUGGGCCCGGUUGUUUAGUAUUCAGAAUCGUUCUGGCUAGUUUUAGUCGUGUUAUCGUUAAUUUUUUGCCAGAUAUAUCCACGAGAAACAUUUCCUCACAAAACUCUGUCUUCCUUAUAGAGCCCCGCUAUCAACCAUGCACUGUUUGCAAACUUUUCUGACACUAGCUUAUAACUAUACUAACUAAAAUUCACUUAUAGCUUAUUUGUCAGUUUUCAACUGUCAAUUCCUGUUUCUAAUCUUGACAUGCUUGAAAAGGUAAAACGCCAAAUGUACAAUCAAGACACAUCUUGGUAUAAUCCAAUUCUGCCCAAACCAGCUUGUAGCGAAAGAUCUAACUUGCUACCGAACAGUUAUUGUCUUUAGUCAGUGGAACGGCACGAAAGACGAAAACUCAACAGAAUCGCUUCGGAUCCGGCUGAGAAGUUGGCAGGCAACAGCAGAUACAACAAAACAUCGAGGAUCAUCGGAUAGGAUCAGCAUGGACCUUAAGACCUUUCCAUUAUGUCUUGCUUGUUUGUGCUCAGCAUUAUUUACAUUGGCAUCAGUCACUUCAGCUGACAAAGAUUCACAUUUAUCUUAUCAACUGAAGAAGGAGAUUGUAAACCACCAAGAUGAUGCAAACAAGAUAAUAGACUUCCUGACUAAAGGGCCCGGAAAACAGCAAGUCUACAACAGACUGGCAACAUUUGUGGACACUUAUGGUAGUCGCAUCGCAGGUUCUGCCAAUCUUGAACGCGCAAUAGAUUAUAUGUUAGAUGAACUAGAUAAGGACAAGCUUGAUAACGUACACGGUGAAGAGGUACAGGUGACACACUGGGUGCGGGGUGAGGAGUCGGCACGAAUGUUGUUGCCUAGAAAUUACUCUAUUGCCUUGCUUGGCCUGGGAGGUAGUGUGGGUACACCGCCAGAUGGUAUAACUGCAGAAGUCUUGGUUGUCAGGUCAUUUGAUGAACUUCAUGAUCAGGCUUCAAAGGCAAAGGGAAAAAUUGUGGUAUUCAAUGAGAGAUGGGUAGAUUAUGAAACUUCUGUGAUUUAUCGAACUCAUGGUGCUGCAGAGGUAGCCAAAGUUGGUGGUGUUGCCUCUCUUAUCCGCUCUGUGACUCCUUUCUCAAUCUACAGUCCUCACACUGGCUGGCAAGAUUAUGAACAAGGAGUAGAGAAAAUUCCCACGGCCUGCAUUACAGUGGAAGAUGCAGAAAUGAUGGCAAGGAUGGCUGCUAGAGGAACAAAAAUAGUCAUCAACUUAAAGAUGGCGGCCAAAACUUUGCCGCCAGCAGUUUCAAGGAACACAGUUGCUGAGAUAAAAGGCAGUGUGUACCCAGAACAGGUUGUUCUUGUUAGCGGUCAUUUAGACAGCUGGGAUGUUGGCCAAGGUGCUAUGGAUGAUGGGGGUGGUGCAUUCAUUUCAUGGCAAGCACUGUCAGUGAUACGUCAGUUAAAUCUGAAACCAAAACGCACCAUGCGCAUGGUGCUCUGGACUGGUGAGGAGGAGGGUCUUCUAGGAGCAGAGCAGUACUACAACCGUCACAAAGAAAAUGCCAGUAACUUCAGCUUGGUGAUGGAGUCUGAUAUUGGAACAUUUAUGCCAGAGGGUAUAUCCUUUACUGGAGGUGAAAAAGCAGUAGCUAUAAUGAGGGAAGUCAUGAGUCUGUUGAAACCAAUAAAUGUCACUAACCUUAGAGUUGAAAAUGUUGGUGGUGACAUUACCUUCUGGGUCCGUGAUGGGGUACCAGGUGGAGUUUUAGACAAUGCAAACAGCAAGUACUUCUAUUUCCACCAUUCCAAUGGUGACACCAUGACUGUCCAGGAUCCUGAUGCCAUGGACCUGUGUGCAGCAGUAUGGGCUGUAGUGGCUUACACUGUGGCAGAUCUGGAUGAGCUGCUGCCUAGAGACUAGAAGCAGUGGAAGUUUGAGUCCUGUUGCAUGUGUAGAUCUUGAAAGGUACACCAGAGAAUUAUUUGUGUAUGAAGUCCAGUGCUAAAUGAAACUCUGGGCUCUACCAAGAUUUUACAAGAAAGACUUUUUUCAUGAGGUAAUCUUUUUGUAGUGGUGGUGGGGGUAUUGUUAGAAUGGAAAAAUAAUCUAUUUUGAAAGUUUGGUUCAAGACUUUUUAUUUUCUUUUUUUUCUUUGUAGGGAGUAUUUUAAUAGAUUUAGGCAAAAAUGUUCCUCUCAGAAGUUAAUACAUCGGCAAUUGGUAAUAGAAUCAUCACCAAUCAAAAACUUUCUAAAAUUAUAGUAGAAAAGAAAUAUAUAAAUCAAAUUAUGGUAGAAAGCAAAUACAUAAAGUAAUAUAUUUUUCUGCAAUGGGUGUCUUGUUGCUCUGUUGGUGUAUAACACACUAAACUACGAUUAUCAAGACUUGAUU